UGUUGUAUGAUUCUACCAUUUCCCCCUUUUGUAAUAUGUUGGAGAGUGACAGAGAGAGAAAGUGACCGCGCCAAUUCAGCAUCAUCGUCAUCAUUUCCUAUUUUCAUUCUUCCCCUUUUUUAAUUUUUUCUUCUUCUGAUUCAUUAUUGCUGGACAGUUGGCAACCACAACGAAUUCAGCAUUAACGCACUGCAGCUCUGAAUUUGAUCUUCUUCGGCAAUCGACUCUGGAACUGGGAAAUGGCUACAGAGUCUGAAAAAGAUCUUGGUGAUACUACUGGCACUGCACCUGUCACAUCUACAGAUAAUGAAGCAAAGACAAAAAAGAAAAAGAAGAAGGGAUUAUUGUCAAGAAUAUGGAAUGGUCUAUUUGGUUCACACAAAGAUGACUUUGAGAAGAGAUUGCAACAUAUUUCCAAGGAAGAGGCUACUGUUAUUGCCAGAAUAACAAAACGAUCUCAUCGUUGGAGAAGGAUGACUAGGCAUCUCAUUAUACUUUCUGUACUUUUCGAGGUUAUGGCAGUGGCUUAUGCUAUCAUGAUGACAAGAUCAGUCGAGCUAAACUGGAGAAUGAGGGCAUUGCGAGUAUUACCAAUGUUUUUGUUGCCUGGCUUAUCCUUCAUUAUAUAUUCAGCUCUCAGAAGCUUCACAAGGAUGAAUGAACGCAAGGAUCAGAAAACUUUGGAAAGGCUUCAAGCUGAAAGGCAAGUCAAGAUUGAUGAACUCAAAGAGAAAACAAAUUACUACUUAAUGCUGCAGCUCAUUCAGAGGUAUGACCCUGACCCAGCAUCUAAGGCAGCUGCAGCCACUGUGCUUGCAUCCAAGCUCGGUGCAGAUACUGGCUUGAAAGUGUAUUUGGGAGAUGAGUCUAAGCCUAAUGCCCCUGCUGGAAAGAGCAAUGAUGUAGAAAUCAUGCAGUCUGCUGGACUGAGAAAUAGGAAGCAAGCCAGAUCUGGUAGCGCAGAGAGUGCUGUAUUGGAUCAUUCUGAAGGAGAAAUGAUUCAUGAUAUACAGCUUGAAGGUUCUAGUAUGAAUCAACGUCAGCAAAUGGUUGUUGACCAUUACAAUCCAACAGGUUCGAGCACACUAGACGGGGGAUGGCUUGCACGAAUUGCGACAUUGCUUGUAGGAGAGGAUCCAACCCAAUCUUAUGCUCUUAUCUGCGGAAAUUGCCAUAUGCACAAUGGACUUGCUAGGAAAGAAGACUUCUCCUACGUAACGUACUAUUGCCCUCACUGCAAUGCCCUUAAUAGGCCUAAGCAACUUGAUGAUCAUGCCUCUGGUUCCAGUACACCUAAUAUAGCAUGCACAACCGUUGUGGCUGAUGCUGAUUUGGUCAAACAGGACGGUGGAUCCACGGAGGAGAGAAUCUCCGCAAGUAGCAUCCCUGUAGUAGCUGCCUCGGCAACAACAGAAGGUGACAAAAUAGUCUCCUGUACUUCUAGCAGUUAAUACGUAACAGCUUGAAAGGAUUUGUGCAGGCAAAGUGUUCGAAAGUGCAGACGAUUUUCUACUUUCUUUGGAUAUAUAUAUAUAUAUAUAUAUCUUGUAAACAUCUAGUAGAAAAACAAAACUCAGUGAUAGCUGCUUCCCCAGCUGCAUUUCCACCCUCCUCCCUAACAUCCAUUGUUUUGUAAUUAAUAUUAGUGCACAUUUGGACCCAAAAGCAUAUUGUUACCCAUUUUUAGGCUGUUGGAAGAGGGGUUGAAUUUUGUUCCGGUUGUGGAAUCCUGCAGUUUUCUUAUUUCUUGAUUCAUUUUUCUAAUUCAUUCUUCAAUGUACUUGGACAGAUCUUGUCUCUUUUAUGUAAUAAAAGUGGUUGAAGUUAACUUA